AUGGAUGGUGAAUACAACUUUUCUUCCAUGUCCUUAGCAUCAAAUCCUUCAUUGGAGAAACAAAUGAGUCCCAAGUCACCACUUCCAGGGUUUGUAGAUUUUCAUGGGAAGAGAAAACAGAUUGUAAAGAUUCAAGCUUUGGAAAGAGAAAUUAAUUUGCUUCAGGAAGAGUUAAAAUCACUAGAAGGUCUUCAAUCAGCUUCAACAUGCUGCAAAGAGCUUGAUGAUUUCGUAGGUUCUAUUUCAGAUCCCUUCACACUCACAGGAAAGCACACAAUCUCUGAAUCUCAUUACUUCAAGAAGCAGAUUAGUCUUCCAUGCUGUUCCUGCAAAUGCUAUCUUCAUAAGAAAGUUGCAAAGGGUUGUUGUUCAUGCUGUUCAUCAUCAAACUUCAAAUGUUUUGGUAGCAGUUGCUUGAAGAGUACUAGAUUGUCGAAAAUUGUUGCCAAGUUUUGA